CAUUUGGGAGUAGCUAUGAAGAAGGAAGAACAGUAUUUGAACUUCAGAAAGAACAAGCUGAGUAUGUAAUCGAAAAAGGACAAUCAAUUUAUAUACCAGGAUCAAGGUUCUUGCCUACUAAAAGAAACAAAAGAAUGCUGGAAAUCGAAAAGGAAAUUCAAAGGACAAUUAGGUGUAUCAUUGACAAACGAUUGAGGGCAAUGGAAGCAGGGGGGACCAGUAAAGAUGACUUAUUGGGUAUAUUACUCGAAUCCAAUUUGAAAGAAAUCGAACUUCAUGGUAGAAAAGAUUUUGGAAUGACUAUAUCAGACGUGGUAGACGAGUGCAAACUAUUCUAUUUUGCUGGACAAGAGACAACUUCAGUAUUACUCGUAUGGACAAUGAUUUUGCUCUGCUUACAUCCGGAGUGGCAAGUACGUGCCAGAGAGGAGGUGUUGCAGGUCUUUGGAAAUAAUAAACCAGAUUUGGAAGGACUAAAUCGCUUGAAAAUUGUAACGAUGAUCUUGUACGAGACGUUAAGGCUAUUCCCUCCAUUGCCAAUAUUUGGUAGAAGGACUGAAGAGGAAGUGAAAUUGAGGGGGCUAAAUCUACCAGCCGGAGUGCUACUCAUUAUACCCACAAUCCUCAGUAUGGUGCUCCUCUGCUUAUGCGCAGACUUUAAGAUGAUAUUUUAUGACAUUGGUGUUGUACGUUGA